AUGAACGCUCCGUCUACCCCACGACACCCUGAGCCAGAUCAAGAGGUGGAAUUGACCGACCACGACAUACCAAAGGAUCUCGCCGAGGCGCUGGAUUUAUCGUCCGACUCUGAGGAGGCACUGGGCAGCGAAAGCGUCGAGAUGGUCCCAACAGCAACCACGGGCAGUUUUGACGAUUUCACGGACCUGGACGCCACAAUCAAUCAGCCGUCGCCAGUCAAUCCGUUUGGACAGAACCGCGGGCUCACUGCGUCGGAGCCGCCGCGUCUCGUGCGCCGGCCGCCCCAGCGCCCGCGCAGACUUAGUGGGGCGCAACAGAGCCGGCUGGUGGCGUACAUGGACGCCAAGCUGCUGCAGAUCCAGCGGAUGUUUAUCAAGUAUCUCUCGCUGCGCAACGAUGACGACGAGAACGAUGCCGAUGACGAGCAGGCCGAAAAGUCGCCGCUUGCCGAGAUCGACGCGUCGCCCCCGCCCCAGUCAGAGCCAGACGACGUUUCCAAGUACACGCUGGACCGGCUGCUGGAGCAGGUCACGAGCGCCGUGCUACUGUUGUGGGUGUCGCUUUACGGGACACAAGAGAUUCCGGCUAUUUACCAUUCAAACAUAGCAGACACCGAGCCCGAGGACGAGCUGCAGAUCGACCUGAUCGACCCGUCGACCGUCGCGGGGCAGCCGGCAUACCUCAUCCGGAUCAUGGGCGAUCUAGCGGAUUAUCUGGAGAAGUAUCGUCUCGACUCGUUUCAGGACUUCCAACUGGUGCUGGAGCUGCUGGCCAAGAUCGACAAUUUCGCGAGUAUUCUGAUCGACCAGACAGAAAAACCGAUUUUCAGCACCACCGACAAGGUGCGCAUGGACUCGAUCGUCCAGCGGACGAAAAUGCUGAUGGUGGCCAAAUUCGAGGAGUUUCAGGCCGCCGUCGACGCGAGCGAGACAGACGAGCGCGGCAAGCGCGGCGCGCACUCGGGCAGAGACCUGCUCCCGACGUACCAGCUGCUUGUGGGCGAGAUCUACGAGGGGAUCACGGACCGCACGUCGAUAUGA